AUGUACGACCUGGUCGGUGCCCGUCGAUCCAUCGGACGUACUGAACUCCUCAACUACGACCCGUUCCUCAUGCUUGACGAGUUUCCUGUCGACAAGAGCCGCGACUUCCGCGACCACCCUCACCUCGGCUUCGAAACUGUGACCUAUAUGCUCGAGGGCCAGUUCCGGCACGAAGACUUUGCAGGACACAUGGGAACCAUUGGAUCUGGCGACUUGCUGUGGAUGACUGCCGGUCGUGGUAUUGUUCAUUCUGAGAUGCCUGUCAAAACUCAGACUCGUGCUCGUAAAUUGGGACUGUGGAUCAAUUCGCCGAAAGAGCACAAGAUUUGUGAACCACAGUACCAGGAACUACUUGACGCUCAAAUACCACGCGCUAGACCCCAGGACUUCACUAUUGCCACCACCACCGCCGUUACGAUUGCCAAGCCCAAGCCACCCUCCGUGUAA